AUCCCCGUCUGUUUGUUUUUCUAGAAACCCGAGAUGAUGAGCCUGUGUGUGGGAGACCCCUGGGUAUCCGUGCAGGGCCCAAUGGGACUCUCUUUGUGGCUGACGCAUACAAGGGACUAUUUGAAGUAAAUCCCUGGAAACGUGAAGUAAAACUGCUGCUGUCCUCCGAGACACCCAUUGAGGGGAAGAAAAUGUCCUUUGUGAAUGAUCUUACGGUCACUCAGGAUGGGAGGAAGAUUUAUUUCACUGAUUCUAGCAGCAAAUGGCAAAGACGAGACUACCUGCUUCUGGUGAUGGAGGGCACAGAUGACGGGCGCCUGCUGGAGUACGAUACUGUGACCAGGGAAGUAAAAGUGUUACUGGACCAGCUGCAGUUCCCGAAUGGAGUCCAGCUGUCUCCUGCAGAGGACUUUGUCCUGGUGGCAGAAACGACCAUGGCCAGGAUACAAAGAGUCUAUGUUUCUGGCCUGAUGAAGGGCGGGGCUGAUCUGUUUGUGGAGAACAUGCCUGGAUUUCCAGACAACAUCCGGCCCAGCAGCUUUGGGGGGUACUGGGUCGGCAUGUCAACCAUCCGCCCUAACCCUGGGUUUUCCAUGCUGGAUUUCUUAUCUGAGAGACCCUGGAUCAAAAGGAUGAUUUUUAAGCUCUUUAGUCAGGAGACGGUGAUGAAGUUUGUGCCGCGGUACAGCCUCGUCCUAGAACUCAGCGACAGCGGUGCCUUCCGGAGAAGCCUGCAUGAUUCCGACGGGCUGGUGGCUGCCUACGUCAGUAAGGUGCAUGAGCACGACGGGCACCUGUACCUGGGCUCUUUCAGGUCCCCCUUCCUCUGCAGACUCAGCCUCCAGGCUGUUUAGCCCUCCCAGAUAGCUGCCCCUGCCAUGUAAGCCAGGAGUCUUCACACUAAGGCACCAGGCCUGGUCCAGGAGGAGCUGUGGACACAGUCAUGGUUCAAGUGUCCACAUGUACUUGUCAGUCCCUGAGGGAUGGUGGGCAUGGCUGCUUCAUCCCUUGAGGAUGCCCGGGCACCAUCUGGGCUCAUCUUUCUGUUUAGAGGGAAGCAUAACAUAACUGCCACCGGGAAGAUAAAUUCAUGUGAAGCAAUUUUCUCUUAAAAAAAAAAAACAAAGCUUUCUAAGUACAAUCAUUCUCUAGGACUUGGGAAGCUCCUUGCACUUGGAACAGGGCUCAGGUGGGUGGAGCAGUAACACACUGCCCAGGAAGUUUGCUGCUGUGGCCCUGUCCUGCGGCCUCAGAGUCCUUCUUUACUAUUCUUUAACAUGCGGUCAUACCUUUAUUGGGGUGGGAAUGGAAGAGCAGAGGGAGCAUGGCCCAAGGGUGUUGAGGCCAGCAGUGAGAGCUAUGUAAGCCAAGACUUGGAACUGUGUUCUCAAGGGUUGUGUGGGACGUGGGCUCUCCAUAGUGUGUAGGAAAAGCAUGUUGACUAGCGGCUCAGAGAGGACUUUGCUGGGUUUCUUUCUGUGAAUAUCUCCGCACUGACCAUGCUGGAAUUGGAUGCUUCUGCAAUUUGGGACCUACUGCAGGGGUCUGUUUAGUGACGUCCUGUCUAUGACCUUUGUUGUUGACCUCUAGACCCCAAGAUGUGAACAGUGCACGUGUUAAUGUCAUCUUUGCUCAUGUGUUAUAAGCCCCAAGUUGCUGUAUAUUUUCACAAGUAUGUCUACACACUGGUCAUGAUUUUGAUAAUAAAUAAUGAUAAAUUGA